UCUCUGCAGCGCCUCUAACGAUGCGGGUGAAAUGAAAAAGCGCUCUGAGGGAGUGAAAGCUGCGGAGUCUGCUCAGAGACGACCCCUCAGUCAGAGAAAGCGGAUUACUGACCAUGUCGAGGUUUCCCGGCCUCAGCUGACCUGACCUGGCCGUGUAGUACAGUGGGCCGUCUCUGACUGUGUGUUGCUUGGAUCUGUGUGAUGAUGGGGGCUCUGGUGAAUGGCCGUCGGGGAGGUCGCUCUCCAUCUUUGCUCAUGGCUGCUCUCAUCGCCUGCAUCCUUCUGCUGGGCUUCAACUACUGGGUGUCCAGCUCAAGAAAUGUGGAGCUACAGGCGAAGUUGUUGGAGCUGGAGGAGCGUGUGCGGCAGGCGUCCGCCGAGAGGGAGCGGGAGCAGAUGGGAAGGAGCGAGGCAGAGAAGCAACUGCGCCAACAAACAGAGCAAUUCACCCUCAUGGAAAACAACCACCAUAAACAGCAACAGAGCGCCCAGAGCAUGUGGGAACAAGAGAAGGGGAAUCUACUGCUCAACAUUUCCACCGGUGCCAAAACUGUUCAAGAGAUGAAAAACCAGAUGAAGACACUGCUGGAAGACCUCAGUAAGGUGCAGAAGGACAUGCAGUCAUGUGAGAGUAAAAUGAACACACUGAAUAAGAAACUCACCUACGACAUGACUCAGUGUAACGCCCAGAUCUUGGCCCAAAAGGAAGAAUGCAAUGAAAAGAUAGCAGCAGCCAAACAAGAGGUGCAGAAGAAGUAUGAGAAGCAAACUUCAGCAGGAGCUGUUCAGGGUGCUGUUAUCUCCACUCAGAAGGCCACUGUCUCCAGGUCUGCAUCUGAAGUUCCAGCUGGGAAUGACUCCGAUAAAAGCGCCAGUGAACGCUUAAACACAGAACCAGCUCCAGAACUGAAGCACAAGAUUGAUAAGCAUCUCAAAUCUGAGAUAUUUACACGCAGAGCUGAAAUGACUGGGGAAACUUCAGACAAGCCAUCCACCUCCAAACCCUCCAAUCAGAACAUGACUCUGAGCAGUCUUGCCAAUGAUGAGACCCUGGAAGGAGUGAUGGACAUCAAAGGAGGAGACCUAAAGGCUGCAGAUGCUCUGCUGGACGCUGCGGUGAACAGAGAGGGGAAGGAAGAUGAUGCUAUAGAAUAUGACAAUGAAGGCGAGAUUGAGAAACAACUGUCCAAACUCAAAGAUGAUAAAACAGCUGUACAGGAGUUUGACGAGGAUCUGGCGGACUACAAUGGCGACGACGACAAUGAGCCUGAGUUCGAAGCAGACAAACAAGCAGAGCUUGCCGAAAUAUAAGAGACUUGCACGUCUGACAGAGGUUACACUCCCUUCAGCGCAAACCUCAGUGCCCCUGCUGGGCCGGUCAGUGAGCGGCAGCUCCAUCCAGUAAUGAAAGCAACAGUAACUUCUGCCCAACUGAACGUGGUGAAGGGUUUGCAGCACACAAACAUAUCACCAAACUGAACAUGGUUUUAUGUGUUACAGUCUGUAGAUAGCUUCUGUUGAAAGCAGGCUUUGUAAGUACAGCCUUUUGAUCAUUCCAGAGACCAGGCUAAACUGAAUGUAUGUACAAGCUAUACAUUUAUGCCUUUAAAUCGCUUACUUGAAAUAUUGAUCCACUGUGCUACAUUUUCUUGGUCUGAAAUCAGCAAACUAUUGAAACAGUGCAACAUUUCAGUUCAUAGCUCAGUUAGAAAUGGUUAUUUUGUACAAAAUUUGAAAAUGUCUUUAGGUGGGUCCAGGAUUUUAUAUGGUUUUAAAAGCAUAUUAAUCUGUUCUUCUUUCUUAAAACUUUCAGCAUUUAACAUAGCUUAGUACCUGUUCAGUCAUGCUGAAGGACUGUUCAAUAUGAAUCAGAUCUUCCAGUAGAAGGUUACUGUAACUCUGAAUGAAGUUGUUACUUUUGCUGGAAAGAAAAAAAAAAAUUGUGGAAUGUUUGAUCUGCUUUGAUUUUGAAGAUGGAAAACUGGAACUUUUUUCUAAGACGGUUUAGUUUGUGAUUUUUCUAAUGAUGUUUAAAUUUUAGCUGCAUCUUCUCUCUUUUGCAAUGUAUAUUUUGCGGUUGCGCAUUUUCAAGAGGUUUUGUUUCUGAAAUGUUUUUAAAACUGUGAUUGUCAAUAAAGCCUAACAAAACGGU